AUGGACGGUCUGAAAACCAUGGCGUCUUACCUCAGAACCCGCCCUGUCAUGACAACUACCGCUACCCUUCUGCUUGGAGCUACGAUCAUUGCCUACCGUGACUACCGCGUUUAUAUCGCCCUCGGCCCGCACGGUCUUCCUGAUACGUUCUGGGGUUGGUAUACUCAGCUCCGCAUGUCUCUGAAAUCCCGAAAGGACACCACCGUCCCGGCCCCGUACGAUGUGGAGGCUGUUGCAGGCCCAUACGACAGAGAAAGCUUCCUGCCCAAGACCGCCGUUGAAGGGCUUAGCUGGCGCGCCGGGAACAAAGCACCAAAGAUCCCUGGUUUCGUUGCUCCUCAGAGGCAGGUCAGCGAUAUUGCGAGUUCCGAGAUGAAAAAGAUCAUGUAUGCGCACCUGGAUGCACUAGUUGCCGCAAAUGAUCAUGUCUUGCAAACACAGACGAGUGUCUUGGAGGGCCCGGUUCCGGCGAUGGGGAUGAGGGCCUUUCUACAAACCGACGAGCAGGACCGACCCGAGAUUCUGCGGAGUACUAGAGGUGAAAUGUGUCACAUUCACCCGCCAGACGGGAGCACGCAUUUGAUAAUGAGCCUGGUAGAUCAGAAGAGGGUGAUUGAAUUGGGAUGGGGCAGGCGGCACAGGUUGAGUGGUGGGGGAAUUCUGCCAUGGAAUUACACCUUCAUUUACGCUCCGCGUAACGACGAAGAGCUGGCUGUGUGGAAAAAGAUUGUACAUGCUGGCGCGUCCUUCUGUUGUGCCGGCUUCGCUCAGAUCCAAGCUGUCAACGUUGGUGCGUGA